AUGUCUGAGACGGAUCAGAACGAUGCAUUUCCUUGGCACUUGGGGGUGUUCGACGCCCAUUGUCACCCCACUGACACCAUGUCAUCCAUUGCGGAAAUCCCCCAAAUGAAAGUAUUGACAUUAACAGUCAUGUCCACUCGCGGGGAGGACCAGGACUUGGUGCUUCAGACCGCUACAUCCUUGACCCAGGGGCCUGUGCUACCGUGCUUUGGCUGGCACCCAUGGUUCUCGCAUCAAAUCAUCGACGAUACGACUGGUUCGCCCAAGACCGAUGAAAGUACCUCACCAAUUGAGCUGAAGAAGCUGCACUAUAAGAAGGUCCUUACUCCAGAGCCAGAUGAUGACUUCAUCCUGUCGUUACCUGAUCCAAAGCCGCUGUCAGAGUUGCUGUCGGAAUCUCGAGCACGGUUGCUGGCGUAUCCUCGUUCUCUUGUGGGUGAGGUUGGCCUUGAUCGUGCGUUUAGGCUUCCCAAGGCGUGGACCGAGGAGGAAAAAGAAACUCGGGAUGAGCGAAUGACCCCUGGAUCUCGGGAAGGUAGACAGCUUUCGCCGUAUCGUGUUCAGUUGGCGCAUCAAAAAGCCGUCUUGGAGGCUCAGUUGCGGCUAGCUGGGGAACUUCAGCGGCCAGUUUCUGUGCAUAGCGUUCAAGCUCAUGGGGCGGUCUUUGACCUUUUGAAGGCCCUUUGGUCUGGCCAUGAGCGAAAGAACGCCUCACGACGGGAGAGACGCCGACGUUAUAGUGUUCCAGAUGCGCAUGCAGAGAGCGAUGCGGAGGAUGAACGAAUGCAACAGAAGCCUGCAAAGUCAGAUGAAAAGUCUCUCCCAUUCCCACCACGGAUCUGCAUGCAUUCUUAUUCCGGGCCGGUGGAGCCAUUGAAGCAAUUUCUGCAUCAAUCUAAUCCGUCAGACGUCUACUUCUCCUUCUCUUCUGUGAUAAACUUCGGCGGACCUUCGUCACAGAAGGUCAUCAACGUUAUCAAGGCUUUGCCUGAUGAUAGAAUACUCAUCGAGAGCGAUCUGCAUACGGCUGGGCAACAGAUGGAUGACUUGCUGGAGGAAAUUGCUAGGCAGAUCUGCAAUAUCCGCGGGUGGGAGUUACAUCAAGGCGUUCGGCAGCUCGCUGAAAACUGGAAGAGGUUCGUUCUUGGAUGA